AUGCAGUACAAUGUCACUAAAGUAGAAGCAUUUGUGAACUGCCUGAAAUCUUCCAGUGUGCCAGGCCCUGCUCUCAGCGAGUGUUACACAGGCUUCUUGGAUUCACCCACUCUGGGAGAUGACGAACUUCUCAUUUUAGAUGCUGCACUGGAUGAAAACCUUAUAGCCUCUAUGUAUAAAGGUACCAUUGCUGAAUGUAGACGUAUUUACUAUAUUAAUGCUCUCGUGCAUACUCCUUCAAAGAAUGCCAUUGAUGUCUCCUUUAGACUUUUAAUUUAUCAAAUUAUAAAAGUAUUUGGUGUCAAUACCACUUCUUUGCAAUUAAAUGCUACAGCCCUUGGGGCUCACCUAUGUGGCCGAGAUGAAGAGACUUUUCAAGUUGCAUAUUCCAUGGAGUUGCAUCUUAAUUCCAGUAUGCUGUUAUCCAGCAGAGUUUCCAAUAAAAGCGCCGUGUGUAUGCUGGAGUAUCGAAAAGAAAGUGGGGUGAAGUGGCUUGGGAAUAUUUGCGUUGUGUGUAAUAUGUAUGUACAUUCUUGGAUUUCGGAGACCAAAUAUCAUGUAGCAUUAAAAGCCAACAGUGGGUUUUAUUUAAAUACUCUCAGCGAUGGGGCAGUACAGAUCCACCUGCAGAGCAGAUCAUGUGCUGAUGUUAGAGUCCCAUAUACUAUCAGUCAGAUUUGCAGCCUUUCAAAGCCAGGGUCCAUACAAAAGGUUGUGUUUAGUGAUUUAGUACAAGGAUCUCAUGAUUCCUUCAGCUUCUACAUUGAUGAAGCCUCUCCAGUUGGGCCUGAACAGCCAGAAACCGUCCAGAAUUUUGUCUCUGUGUUUGGAACUGUAGCCAAAAAGCUGAUGCGGAAAUGGUUAGCCACUCAAACGAUGAACUUUACUGGCCAGCUAGGAGCUGGGAUCCGUUAUUUUGAUCUCCGAAUCUCCACCAAGCCCAGGGACCCCGACAAUGAACUCUACUUUGCUCAUGGUUUGUUCAGUGCCAAAGUCAAUGAAGGCCUUGAGGAGAUUAAUGCAUUCCUCACAGAUCACCAUAAGGAGGUAGUAUUCUUGGACUUCAACCAUUUUUAUGGGAUGCAGAAAUAUCACCAUGAAAAACUGGUCCAGAUGCUGAAAGAUAUCUAUGGAAACAAGAUGUGCCCAGCGAUUUUUGCCCAGGAAGUUAGUCUAAAGUACCUGUGGGAGAAAGACUAUCAAGUGCUUGUCUUCUACCAUAGUCCAGUGGCUCUGGAAGUGCCCUUUCUCUGGCCUGGGCAGAUGAUGCCAGCACCCUGGGCCAACACCACAGACCCGGAAAAACUGAUCCAGUUUCUUCAGGCGUCCAUCACUGAGAGAAGAAAGAAGGGCUCGUUUUUUAUAUCUCAGGUGGUACUGACCCCUAAAGCUAGCACUGUGGUCAAAGGAGUGGCCAGUGGCCUCAGAGAAACGAUCACAGAAAGAGCUCUUCCUGCCAUGAUGCAGUGGGUCCGCACACAGAAGCCAGGAGAGAGUGGCAUCAAUAUUGUCACUGCUGAUUUUGUAGAACUUGGGGAUUUCAUCAGCACUGUCAUAAAGCUCAACUAUGUCUUUGAUGAGGGAGAAGCCAACACUUGAUAGUCCCAUUUGGAGCAUCCACAAGUAGGAUAGAGAAGACUCAUUGUAUUAGGCCUAUUAUCUAUAAACACUCUGAUUUUCCUAUUCCACUGAGGGGAUUAGGCUGGUAGUGGGUGGGAAAAGGGGGAAUCCAUUUCUUCAGUGAUGAUUAUCAUACUCUGCAUUACUAUAAAUAUUUCAUUUCCCAUUUGAUGAGCAAAAUCUGCUUCUAGUGUUAGGGAUAAAAAAAGAUCAGUGAAUUUUGUUUUUCAGAAUUAGUCUUUGUAACGUAUAACUUAUGAGUGUUUACUUGAUUGUGUUUCUGAAUUCAACCUUAAGGCUCCUACACUGUUUCCACUAACUGAACCUUUCCACUUCCUCUUUCGCUCGCUCUUUUAAAUCAGCUGCCAUAUGGGACUCAAAGCAAUUGAAUGCCCAACGUAAUGUGUAUUACAUUGUUGUACUGAAAUUUGUUUUUGUGAGACUUGGUAUAAUAUAAUAUUCUAUAGUCAUCUGCAGUUGGUGGAUCAUUGCUAACUUUUGGUCAUAGAAAAUAUGCAUCAAAUCAGUUUCCCUGCAUCAAUAAUAUUGGAGGCCAUAAUCAGUAAUUUUUUGUGUUAU